AUGAGCCCGGCCUCUGUGACCCUGGCCAGCGCCCUGCAGGUCAGGGGCGAAGCUCUGUCGGAGGAGGAAAUCUGGUCCCUCUUGUACCUAGCUGCGGAGCGGCUCCUGGAAGACAUUCGUGAAGAUUCCGCGGACUAUGUGGUCUGUCCCUGGUCAGCCCUUCUGUCUGCAGCCGGAAGUCUUUCUUUCCAGAACCACAUUUCUCACAUAGAGGCUGCUCCUUUCAAGGCCCCUGAACUGCUACAGGAACAGAGUGACGAUGAACAGCCCGACGCAUCUCAGUGUCUGGAGGUGAAAUGUGACAUUAUGUCAACGGCAGGAGCUGUCUUCAGUGCUGUCAUGUCUUUUGUCAACCUUGGGGAGCUCACCUGCUUUGGCUUGGCUUACAUGAAAGAGCUCAGGGCUGUGGGUGUGAAGGGGUGGAGUCUGUCUGACUGCCCUUCCCUCUCUGUUUCAGACAAAGAGUUCUUUUUCUUGGACGAUGAAACCAGGCUGUGCAAAAUAGCCCCCGAAGGCUGGAGUGAGCAGCCCCAGAAGAAGGCCUCCUCGAAUACCUUCACACUCUUUCUGAGGAUAAAGUUCUUUGUCAGUUGCUGUGCACAGCUCCAGAACAGCCAUGCAAGGCACCAAUUUUAUCUGCAGCUUCGGAAAGACAUCCUGGAGGAGAAGCUGUACUGCAAUGAUGAGACGCUGCUGCAGCUGGCGGUCCUUGCCUUACAGGCUGAGUUUGGCAACUACCCCGAGGAGCAGAUAGAGAGUAAAGCUUAUUUUCGAGUUGAAGAUUACAUCCCAGCGAGUCUAAUUGAGAGGAUGACUGCUCUCCGGUUGCAAGUUGAAGUCUCGGAGAUGCACCGUCUCAGUCCUGUUCUCUGGGGAGAGGAUGCCGAGCUGGAGUUCUUGAGGGUCACUCAGAAACUCCCAGAAUAUGGUGUGCUGGUUCACCGAGUCCUCCCAGAGAAGAUGACACGAGAAAGGGAGAUGGCCUUGGGGAUCUGUGCCAAGGGCAUCAUAGUGUACGAAGUGAAAAACAACAGCAGAAUUGCAACUUUACGCUUUCAGUGGAGAGAAAUUGGCAAGAUUUCUACUUGUCGAAAGAAGUUCACCAUCACAAGUGGCAUCACUGGGAAAAAGCACACGUUUGUCACUGAUUCAGCCAAGACCUGUAAAUAUUUACUGGGACUCUGCUCUGCCCAGCAUGGAUUUAAUGCCCAGAUGAGCUUCCUGCCAGUUGCAGCUGUUUCAGACCAUGAUAAGUGUGUGCAAAUGGCCAAUACGAGUCUUGCACACCUGGCCCAGUCUCAGCCUCUCACUUGGAUUCAGCGGCUGUCGGACUCGGAAAACGCGCUGUUCACACCCGCACCCCGGCCAGAAGCCACUGCAGGGGGCCUGCGGCGCUUGUCUCUGGAUAACUUCACCUUGGAAACCAGCAAGGAGACUGCGGCACGGGGGAUCCGAGGCAGGUGGGUUUAACACAUCUGUUCUCUAAGCCCAUGCCACCUGGUACUUGGCCCUCCGGGGCACUCUGUACCUGAAGAAGUUACUUAAAAGAUGUCGGUCGGAUAUCUAAGGGGAGUAUAUGGUCACUCAACUAUCAGCCAGUUCCAUGGAGAUUUCCUGAAGACCGGCUCUGGGCAAAGUCUAUGCUAAUGUCUACAGGGCGGACACACCAUCCCCCUGGGCUGCUCUAUGUUGUUCUGGUGGAGAAAGAACUAGGUGAUGGAAGAGGACAAAGUAAACAAGUUGUCAUUAGCCUGUUUGGCCUUAUCAUGAGCCAAGUACUGUUCUAAGCACUUGCACACAUCAACUGAUUUUACCCUCACCACCCUGCGAAGAGGUUUCUGUGGUUUUUCCAGGUGUACAGGGGACAAAAUGGAGAGUUUGGGCUUUGAGCCCAUCUGGCCCUGGCGUCCACACUCCUAACCUUUAUACUACGCUGUCUCUCUACUGAUGGAUUGCUUGUCAUUUGAUUUGCAACUGAAAAUAAUGAGCUUCUAAACACAAAUUUACAUUAUAACACAUGGAUCCGUAAAUGUAGAAAUAGCUUCGAAGUUGAAUUACACUUACAUGGCAAGUUAUAUAAAUAGCUUGGAUUCACAGGCAGCACAUGACCAAUGGAGGUUUUCUGGAGGAGGUGUUUUUCUGGAAUGAGUUAUACAUUUGCUUCAGCAAGAGGGUACGGAUAAUUCGUCCGAACUGCAAUGUAUGUAUGUACCUACCUAUCUAUCUAUAAUUCUUUUCCAUAUAAAUA